CUUACGCCCCUACCAACCGGCUAGUUAUGUCAAUUGAACUGAGGAAGGGUUUAGGUUUUAGGUCAGGUUUAGCUACUUUGACAGUGGUUUCUCAGUGACUUGUUAAUCAUAGAGGUAGCUCAGUCUCAGCUUAGUCUGAUACUGUAGGUAAACUGGGGCAGGGAGAUGUUAGACUGUUGUUUACUUUGAUUUGGCUGAACUGCUUUGAAGAAACCUGACUAGUGCUUAAGAUGUCCAAAUGACCAGCGUUACGGUUAUAGUUUUGUUACAGGAAGGUACUGUGAUCGAGGCCAAGAGAAUUUUCUAGAACAGGAAAUAGCUUUUGAAAUGACACAGUGACACCUAGUGGUUGGUCUUGAAAAAAGCUUUUAACUUGGAGUCCAGGCAGAAUAAUCGUAUGUAAAAAUGGAAGUAGCUGUACCAGAGGAACCUCAGAAGAAAAUCUUCCGUGCGCGAAAAACGAUGAAGAUGAGUGAUCGGCAGCAGCUGGAAGCAUUGCACAACACCCUGAGCUCCACUUCACCAUCUUCCUCCUCACCUACCCAAACGCCGCUGGUGAACGGCAUCCACAGCGAGAAGGACAAGGAGAAAGUAAAGGAGAAAGACUUGAAUGAUAAAGAGACGGACUCUGUGUCACCUGCCCCUGAUUCACCUCACUCUUUUCCUUCUCCAUCUCUUUCUGUCUCUGUCUCUCCAUCUCCCACUCCACCCAACACACAGACCACCUUACCUUCUCCUAAAAAUGGUCCAGAGAAGAAGAGCGAUGAGAAGGCCAAGGACGUGAAAAGAGAGAGCGAGAGCAAAGAGGACGGAAAGAGUGAGGACGUUAAAGUGGACGACAAAGAAGCUGAUAAAUCCGAGCAUUCCAGUUCUUCAACAACACCGAAUAAAAAGGGAGACCCCAAAAAAUCAGAUACGGAGAAAAUGAGUGGUGAGGAGAUGGCUGAUGUGGAUGACGCUCUUGUGACCACAGCCUCUUUUGGUGACGGUUCAGAAGAGAAAAAGGACACAAGCAAUAAAAGUUUCAACUCUUCUCUCUCUGCCUCUCCUUCUUCUGGGAUAGACUGCGAUCCAGAAGUCAAAGAGGGAUUUCUGUGCCUGAGCGAAGAGGACGACGUCCAGGCAGAGAAAGAUGAAAAGAACGACCAAAAUGAGGAGAAGAUGAAUGUUGAUGCGGUGAAAGAGGAACCAAAAGAUAAGAAGGGGACUUCUGAAAAGACAGAUGACAGUCCUUCUGCUGGUACAAAGAGAUCCUUGUCAGAAGAGGAAGAUGACAAAGAAAUCAAGAAAGAAAGAGAUGGAAAGCGAGCAAGGUUGGAUGGCGAGGAGCUGGAGGCUCAGCUGGAGCUGAAAAUUACAGCCACCGGUGGGAGCCGACAUAAACUGGAGAAGAUGGUACAGCAGUUAGUAGAGGAACGAUUACGGGUGCUGCAGUUGACUGUAUUUGACCGUAGCAUAAAAGAGCUGAAAGAGAGAGUGGAGAAGAUCGACUCUGCAAGCAAGCAGCAAAAUGCCCUACAGCAUAUAAACACACUACAGGCUAAGAUAUCCCGGCUUGCAAAAAAGUUUGGUGCUGCUAACCAGGCCUCGGAGAACGCAAAGAGAACUCAAGAGGUUUAUUCUGCAUCUGCUGUUGCUCAGGCCACCAAUGCUGCCAACAUGACCCAGAAUGCACUGCAACGACCAAAAACUUGUCGAACUGGACGAAGACGAAGUGCACAGAUGGGUCAACCUGUGGAUACUGAUAAUUCAGACGGCGAUACGUCGGACACUUCGUGGGGAGAUUCAUGGCCAAGGUCUCAUUCUCCGAUCCGAGCGAAUGAAGGUGGAACACAGGAACAAGGCAGAGAUCAGACAUUUGAAGCAGACAAUUGUGACCAAUCAAUAGCUUCUGUGAACCAUCCAACUGAAAUUGAAGUUGAAGUUGAAGCUGAACCUGAACCUGAACCCAUCAGUUAUGAUUGGCAAGAAAUGACCUGGCAGCCAACAAACCUUCCUUUCCAUGAGAAUCCAGAGCCUCAUGAGUGGCAAGAAAUGAACUGGCAGCCAACAAACCUUACUUUCAAUGAGAAUCCCGAGCCUCAUGAGUGGCAAGAAAUGAACUGGCAGCCAACAAACUUUCCUUUCAAUGAGAAUCCUGGGCCUGUCGGUGAAGCUGCUGCUCUUAUUUCAGAAGAACCUAAAGACUUUCUUGAGUUGUUCAUUUCUGAUUUACUGAUUCAAAACAUUGUCGAUCAGACUAACCUGUAUGCAGCUCAGUGUAUUCAUGCCACGGAUGGCACUUCACAACAUUCUAGAAUUCAUUCAUGGAAGCCUGUCACAGUUUCAGAAAUGAAAACCUUCCUGGGGCUGUUUUUUCUUACCGGUAUCAUUCAUAAGCCUGAACUUGAUAUGUACUGGUGUGCAGAUGAAAUGUUAGCUACCCCCUACUUCAGCAAGGUCAUGCCUCGCAACCGGUUUGAAAUCAUAUGGCGAUUUCUUCACUUCAAUGAUACUACAGGAAGGGCAGCCAAUGAUACCGACAUGCUGUACGAAGUCAGGCCUGUCUUAGAUCACCUAGUGUCCAAAUUUCGUGAAUUGUAUCAGCCUAACACAAACAUUUGCAUUGAUGAGGGUAUGCUUCUGUGGCGUAAACGCCUAGCAUUGGGAGGGAAAAAUCCUGCCAAAUCUGGAAUGAAAUCCUACAACUUGCGCGAUUCUGAAACGGGGUACUGUUUUAACUUGAAGCCCUAUUCUGGAGAAAGUUCUACCCUGGGAGACACUGUCGUCUCUCUUCUUGAUCGCCUAGCAGGUCAUGGUUACAGGUUGUUUAUGGAUAAUUUUGACAACUUUGUACCACUGUCUGAGCGCCUACUUGAUUUGAAAACCCAAGUUUGUGAUACAACAUUCCAAGAGAACUACAUGGAAGUUGUCAAUGAAUGGCAGAGAGGCUACCAAGAAACAUUUGCAAAGCAAAAACCAGAAUGCUUUAUGGAUUUUAAUAAUGCAGUAAAUGGAGUUGACGGAAUGGAUGAAAAGAUUGGGUACUACCCUUUUGUCAGGAGGUCCCAAGAGUGGACAAAGAAAUUUGUCACAUAUCUGUUUCAGAUCAGUUUGUUCAAUGCUUUUGUCAUUUACAAAGCAAAAAACCCGCAAGGUAACUGUAAAACUCUCCUCUCUUUCAUCAAGAGUGUUGUAAAAUCGUGGACCAGCCAAGAACAGGUUGGUGGUGGGGAAGACAGAGGGACGACCUUUUUUGUCCCUCCAACUGAGUGCACCAUCACUCCUAGGGCACCAUACAACCUUGACCCUAGAAAUAGGGUGCAUGAAAUUUUUGCAGUCCAUGCGCUUGUUCCAAUUGUGUCCGGUUCCAACAAGAAACGAACGACGAGAAGAUGCAGGGUUUGUGCACGUAAGGGUUUACGAAGGGAGAGCUCGUUUUACUGCAAAGGUUGUUGCGUCCCCUUACAUUCUGGGGAGUGUUACACGGCUUAUCACUCAAAGGUUGAUUACAGUGUUUGAAUUUGAUUUAUUUUGUAUUUAUUUUCAUUUUCAUGUAUUUCUGAUGGUUUUAUUUAGGAAAGAAUGUAUAUAUUUGCUUGAAAAUGCACACUUUUCAUAAAAAUGCAGUUUUUUCCAAAAUGUUGUUUUUCUGAUGAAACCUACCAGGUCGAGUGGUGAUUAAAAUAAUCACACAAAGAUAGAAUAAAAUAUUUUUUUGUUUAAAAGCAAACGCUUGGUUCUUUAUUUUAAAAUAAAUGUAAGAAAAUAUUCUCUGAGGGCCAAAAUUUUUUGCUGAAAUCAUUAAAAAUGAUAGCGGUGGCUGUGAACUUUAAAACAAAAGUUAGUGGGGAAAUUGUUAAUGAAGGAGUGUAUGGUGUGGUCGGAUCAAUAUGGUUGCUUGCUGCACGAUACCCGCCUUAAUUGCGUCAUCCGCGUAAGUUGAAAAUGUCAACUUAAGCGUGAAAUUCGCAUGUGUUGUUGCGCAAGACAAUUAGCAAAGAGUUUUGACACAUCUGAUAUGCCUUCAAAUAUGUUUUACUAAUACUCUCAAAGUAAACAAUUACAUAAAAUGCUGGGAAUGUAAACCCAAAUGGCGGCACAUCUGCAAUCUUGCAAAAGUGCAAACAUCACUACCACUCGUUUCUAGACUAAGGCACACUAAAGCAUUAUUUCCAGAGGCCAGUACUUUUUUUUAUUGUUGUAUGCAAUUAUGGGAGUGUAAAGUUUGUUUGUUUUUCUCUCCAUUUAAAACAAAGUAAAACAUUGGCUGUGUCUUAAUUCGAAGGCAUGUGACCUCUGUGUACCACUGUUGUAAUAACUUGCUGUAUAUAUUAUACAUCUAUUACUAUAUAAUUGUAAAAGUAAUACACAUAAGCCAAGUACUUUGUCAAAUUACCAGUACUGCUUUUUUAUAAUAAAAAAUAGAUCAAGUAAUGUUUGUAGUGCCUAGUGUCCCUUAAUUUGUAGAUUUCUUACUAAUUUUCAGUAGUGUGUUUACUAUA